AUGAUCUCGACUGCUGCUCUCCUUACUCUCGUCCCAGCCGUCCUGGCUAUCCCCAGUAACAUCAAGAGGACCGGUCCCGAUGGCGCCUCUGUGCUCUCGACCAUCGUCGCUGGAACCACGACUUACUACUCGCGUGGAUGCUACGAUGAGCUCAAGUCCGGUCAACAUGCUCUCCAGCACGAGAUUACCUCUACCCUCACUUCCAUCUCCGCUACUACUUGCGUUGUCGGCUGUCAACUCGCUGGCUACUCCAUCGCCGGUGUCAUGAAUGGCAACCAGUGCUUCUGCGACAAUGCCAUGUCCCCCGACGCUCCAGAACUCGACGCCGAGCAAUGCGACUCUGCUUGCUCUGGUAAUUCUCUCGAGGUAUGCGGUGGUGUCUGGCACUAUGACAUUUAUUAUACGUCGUCUACCGGCGAUAUCCCUGCACCUACCCCCGUCACCCAGGUCACGACUGGUGGCCAGAACUGGGUCAACCUUGGGUGCUACGUUGAUCAACUCUGCGCAGCGACCUGCAAGGACGAGGGCUAUGCCGUUGCUGGUAUCGAAUGGGGCCGCGAGUGCUACUGCGGUAACACCAUCUACAACCCGACGCUCGCACCCCUCAGCGAAUGCAACCAAGCCUGCUCAGGAGACUCUACCAAGGCUUGCGGAGAUCAGGACCGCAUCUUGUUCUACACUGUCGAUGGAAAGCAGCCCAACACGGCCAGCAACAGCUGUGGCCCGAGCUCUUCAUCCUCGACCGCAUCUUCCAGCAUUUCCACGUCCAUCUCCUCGUCUAUUUCCUCGUCUUACAGCUCUUCUAGCUCGACGACAAUGCAGCCCACGACUACUCGCCCAACUACGGCCAGCUCGAGCGCGACCAAGCCUUGCACAACCUCCUCAACUACUCCUAAGCCGACCACCACCAGGCCCUGCACGACUUCUACUACUCCAAAGCCGACUACUACAAAGCCAUGCACAACUUCGACGCGCCCCACAAGCACACCGACGCCUCCCAAGCCCCAGCCAACAUGCGGACGUCCAAACAAACACGAUGGAUACAUUCAUCAGGGCUGUUACAACGAGAACCCAUGGUGGCGCUCGAUCAACCAAUACUCGUUUAGCUCCAACUCGAUGACCCCAUCAAUGUGCUCUGACAAGUGCUUCAGCAAGGGAUUCAAGUAUGCCGCUCUCGAAAAGGGUACUGAUUGCUACUGCGGUAACAAUUGCCCUACGUCGCAGGCUCCCUCGAGCCACUGCAACAAGCCAUGCAAGGGUGACAGCCAGUGGAUCGGUGGUGGCAAUAGCGGAAAGAUCACCGUCUACAAGUCGGUCAUCCUCGGCUAUCCCCGCUGGGCAUGGCCUUGGGGAUGGAACUAA